AUGCUGUCAGAACGUAUAAUAAGCCAUAUGAAUGCAGACCAUCAGUUGGCGUUAAUUGAUUAUCUAGCUGUAUAUGCCGAAGUUAAACCAGAUAAUUUGCUCGAGAAAUCCGUGAAAAUCGUCAAGGUUGAUGAUAAACAGUUGGUUAUUGAAUAUAAUUUAAAGUCAGAAGAAACUUCCAAGUCAUUUGCAAUUUAUUGGGAUGACGCCCUUGAAGACGAACAUGUACCUGUUGAACAAAUGAAAGACAUCAAGGCGAAAUUGAUUGCUAUGGCAAAAUAUUGUGCUAAAGAACAAGGGUUUGCUGUCAAAAAGUUGACAAAAGUUACGCCACCAACUUUAGCCAGUGGCCCUACAUUUUUCUUGUGGGUUGUUUUGUUUCUUAAUAUCUUCAAUCCAAAUUUACUUAGAAGUCUUCCAUUGUUGAAAAGUGUUGUGGAAUUACCAUAUUAUAAGAAAUUUGAGGUUUAUUCCUUGAAGAUUGCUCUUGGAUUGUUUGCAAUUCAUGUCGGGGAAAUCACCUUCUUUACUAGAAAUUAUUUAAAAAAGUAUCGUACUCCGUUAAAGCAAAGAUUGGCAUGGUAUGGUUUACAAAUGUUUGAAGGGUUCCAUGUGAUUCAAAGAUUAGUUGCUGAAACAAAAUAA